GUUCGCCAGUGUGAAGGAUUUCAAAUGUUUUGGUGCUGUCACAGAAGUCAAGAAUAGUUUUACUGUUUCAUCGGAGAAAAAGCACGGGCGAGAAGCCGUGGGAAUCUAAUUUGGAAAGAAAAUGGCAUUACUCUGCGUGAAAGUUAAAAGAGCAAUGCUGCAUGGACCCGCAGAUAAAUUCAACAGCUAUGUUAUCCUAAAAGUUCAGAAUUUGAAGAGCACAACUAUAACCAAAAGAGGAAGCGAACCAUGUUGGGAACAGGACUACAUGUUCGAAAUAAGUGACUUAGAAAGGGGCCUUACCGUGGAAGUGUGGGACAAAGGAUUAAUAUGGGACACGCUACUAGGCACUGUGUGGAUUCCUCUGAAAACCGUAGAACGUGCUGAUGCAGAAGGACCUGGAGAAUGGAGAAUUUUAAACUCAGAUGUUCUCAUGAAUGAAGGUGAAAUCUGUGGUGCAGACAAUCCUACACUACACGAAAUCUUACUAGACAUCUACUAUGAAUUACCUGCAGAAAUCCCUGAAGAUGAAGCACAUUUCCUUUUUCAACGACUUCAAAGCUUAAACACAGAUGAGGGCACAGAGCAGGUUUCCAGAGAGGAGAUUGCUCAUAUGAAGAUCACAGAUAGCCAUGUAGAUUUUAUUGGAGAUACCUCCCUGUGUUCUCCAGCUGAAAGCCUCUAUGAAGACAGUGAUUAUCGCAGUGAUCACAGCGCUAGCCAUAGGCACCACAUAGCAUACGAGGGUGGAUCACUAACAGAGAAACGCAACCACAGUUUUACAAGCAGCAAUUCAAGUGGUUCCCUGGAGAGCAGGCCCUGUUCUUCAGCAAGCCUCAGCGAGAAGGAUGCUGCACAGGAUUCCAUAGAAGAUCUUGACCACGUCUCCCAGUCCACAGAUUACAGUCUCAAGAACCACUCUCCGGGACCUCAGAGUGACCAGGAACGGAGCAUAUGCUGUAGCUGCAGUUCUUCCAACUGUAGCUGUACCUCAAAGGAUCAAACUAAGAUGGAUGGAGAAGCUGAGGCAGCCUUCACCAAUGAAGUCUCAAGGGAGAAGAAAAUGGAUUAUGAUGAUGUGAUUGGCUCAAACAGCAUUGCACAAGCAAGAUGGACACGUGCGAUUCAAAAAUAGCCAGUACUGAGUCAACAUGGAAUUUCUCUUUUUACAACUAUAUUCACCAACAGCACCUACAAAGUAGAUUCUGGGCUUGUGAUGGACUACGCGCACACUUGUCUUAGUUGAACUCAAGAGGACUAUCCACAAUAACGACAGCAUUCAACAGACAAUCUUUGAACAUGAUUGUGACCCAAACUAUCAGACGGGAUGGCUUCAGCGACAAAGCUGUUGACCAGUUGUGUUAUAAGGUAGAAGGUUUACUCUCUUGGGGUAUAUUAUUAAUUUCCUUUACAAAAUAGCUCAUUGCCUGGUCUAUGUGUAUAUGUCAUGUAUCAAUCAAUUCAUUUAAUUGUAUCAAGUCAUUCAUUUGUUUUCAUUCAAUUUUAUGCAUAUGUUUAAUAUACAGUUGUUUUUUUAUGUAAAACCCUUUACUUUCAGCUGAAAAGGGUAGUCCUAGGAUCUGUGUAUACAGUAUUCUGAAUGACUUGGGUUUGUUUGUUUUAAUGAAGAUGUAUGAAGACUUUUUUUGGUUAGGUGGGUUCAGAAUACAUGUUGUAUAUAUCCCCUUCGGUCCCAAUUUUUUAAUUACAGUUUUUGUGAACUCUAUGAGGUACGAGAAGUUGUCCAGCUGAGACUUUGAAAAAAAGAAUUAAACAAAAAAAAAAAAAGAAAAAUAGAAAUGCAUUAUAAAGUACAGCACAGAUAGGGAACAUGAUACAAUUAUACAUGCAGUGACUGAAUGAGAUUAGUCUCACUGAGUAAGAGCUAUAUACAGUAUGUUCAUAGUCUGAUAAUUAUAUCUAUAGUAUUUCUGAUACCUGCUGUGUGUUGUAAAUCCCAAAGAGGUCUUUGACAAUUUGAUACAUGUGCAAAGAAAGACUGUUCAGCAGUGUUUGUUUUUUCGAUACACUGAUAUAUUCAUCAUAUUAUGUUUUCUAAUUAUUGUAAACAUCACAUUGACUCCUGCGUUUGUGAAAUCAAUUUAUCAUAUUUAAAUGAAUAGGAUUCGGUAGUGGUUAUCAUUUUAGUAUCACAGUUUAAGUACUGUAUACAUAGUUCGACAGAGUUGCUUUUCAAUGUUUAAGAUGUACAGCGUAUGUAUGUUUUGACUUCAAACUCCAAAAAUAAGUGUAAGCUGUAACCAUGAAGCAAUGCAAAUAUUUACUUCAAAAUUCUACAUUUUUCUCCAUAUAGCAUGUAUCCCCAAAGAUACAGUUUCGCUUAAAAGAAUAUAUACAGUUAUAUUUCUGACCCAGAUAAUUGUUAUGGUCUCUGCUUUAUUAAAGGUUGAAUGAAAUAUUUUGGUGCAACCUGUCAAAAUCUUUCACUUGAUUUUUUGUAUGCAUUUGUUCUACUCGACACUUGAGUCAACUCUUGUUAAGUCAUUACAUUGUAUUAAGAUAACAGAUGGUUUAUAUUUAUGACCAGCUGUCAUCGUCAUUACCUGGAAAAGGUGCUCCAUAAAGUUCUGUUUUGAGACCACUUUCCAGUUGAAUGUAUUUCACACUGCAGAUUAUCCUGUUAUUAUCUCGAAGCGCCUGAACAUUUGCAGAAUUUUGAAAUGAAAAAUGCAUUCCAAUUACAAUGGUUUCAAAUGAAUACAAAAAGCCAAAACGGGAUAUCUUGCUUGAUAAUUUUAAGGUCUGACAGUAUUUAUAAUUUGAUGUACUAUACAGUUAGUAUUGGGUUUUUUAGCACGAGUAUGAUAGAUAGUGAAUGUGACACACUGUAUCAGAAUAUAAAUAGCUCCAGGUGGACUAGGUGAUGUAAAGAUGGAAGCUAGUAAAGGUUAUCCUUAUUUAAUUGCCUGUUGAUUUAUACGAUUUCAUCACUGUUAAAUGUUGGUCCACUUGGUGCUGGACAAUGUGCCUGAAUAGUAGUGUAUUAUCAAGGAGGUCUUUCGUGAUCUUUGCUGUGUCCUCUUCCACUUUAAUAUGUACUGCUAUUAUUUUUUUCAUGGACUAACCUACUGAUUUGAUUUAUUGUUAUGUUAUUUUUUUAACCCGGGACCGAGGAGGUGGGUAAAUCAUUUCAUUUACAAAACUGUCCCAGGAAAAGACUGCUUGCUAGCGUAUAGAAAUGAAUACAUGUUUGUUUAUGACUUAAAUGUAUUUGCUUAAUGUGCUGUACUGUACUGUAUGUCAUACGUUUGUUCUUUGUUUGUACUUACUGCCCAGGGCACUCAUGGGAACUAACUGUUCAAAUCUCGUUGAGAUCUGGUAAAAUGUGUUCUAAGUAAUCAAUAAAAAAAACCAAAAAAUAAAUCUCUGCCAAGCCAUUCUCCAAGGCUAAUCUCUUUCGAGCUGUCUGUGGUUUGGGGCUGUGCCAGUCCUGACCCUUUGUUUAACAUCCUGCCAGACAAGCCCAAUAGCGUGCAGGUCCUGGCAGGUGUAUCCAUCACCUUGACCUUUUUCUCAGCUAGAAACCGGAUGGCAUCCUGAACAGUAGAACACAAUGUGUGUGAAGUUUAACUUUGCCUAACAGUAACAGCCGUGACCAAGAUAGUGUCAAUACAUUCUUGUUUAUAUCUGUUUGUUUGUCAUUGGUUACACUUGUGUCUGCCAUGUUCUCUGUACCCCGGUAACUCCAAUUUCCCUUUGAUUUACAGUUACAUGUAAACUGCAGGCUCUUUGUCCAAAUGAUCGAUAUUUUAUCUUGAAUUGGCACUUUUAUCUUCCCUUUUUGAUUUAGCCACUUUCUAUUCAGGGAAGCUGAGCCAUUCCCUUGAGGCUCAGACACACUCACAGGUAUAUUAUUGUAGGCACCCUUAAUCACCUCGAAACAGCUGCUGUGUUAGACUUUGGUGUAUUCACUGUCAUCACCCUCUUGAUUUACAUGAGGGGGUUAGACUGAACAAGGUGAACAUAGCGACAGUUUUAUUGUUUGAUACCAAACAAAAUUCAGUUUGGCUGCAAAGUUGAUUUAAAAACCUCAAUGUUUAAUGCAGCCAGGUGCUUUUUCUAUGGCACAGAAAUGAUUAAUGAGACAAGAAAAUGCUUAUUUUGUGCAUAUAAUUUAACUUUGUUACUCUACAUCUUCUGUUUGUGCCAGCUGUUCACUUUUGCUGAGGUCUUGAGGACUAAGUGUUGGACUUGAACAGUAAGAAUAUGAGCACAACCAGGGUAUGUUUGCGUCUAGUAAGCCUAAUGCUGGAAAAGUGUAUGGGCGCUUUUCAAAUAGCUUUGCAAAUGUGCAGCAAUGGCAUACAACAUUAUAUUUCUUGUCACCGCAGUUUAUUAUAACUGUAACAACAUUGCAAUUGCCAUUUUGGAUCACUGUACGCUACAGUCUACCAUAUCUGAGGUUUUAUAUGGAGUAUUUCUAAUGCUGAUUGUUGUGUGACCAACAUUCAAACAGCUCCUAUUAAUGACUUGAUAUUCAUUAUAUGAUUGUUUUAAAUUACAUUAAUACAGGGUUUGGGCAAAAGUGUGUAUAGAAUAUAUAAUGAGCUGUAUACAAUAAAUACCUUUAGGUACACUUUUUCAAAGGUUGCAUAUACCCGCAUGAUCAUUGUAAGCAGUUUCUUAAGAAAUAUUGAAAAGCUUCCUAAUGAAAAAAUAAAUCAAAUGCACAACCUAACCCUCUACACUGCAGGGACCUGGGGUAAUCCAGUUGUCAGUUUAACUCCAGUUUUGUGUUGAAAUGCUGUUACCCUGUAUAAUAUAAU